AUGGCAGAUGUUAAUGAUCCGCAGUUGUCUUUGGAAGUUGAUAGACGCAUUUAUGCUGACAAUAUUAAUCAAAUUUUCAAUGAGAGUUUUGUGAGUAGCAGUGAAAAUAAUUUAACUUCUUCAUAUGAUAAAAUUGACAAAACAGAAUUAGGAGUCACUUGCAAUCUGUUUAAAUCAUUGAAGCCGCCGGAUGCCCAAAAUGAAUCUGACAGUGUUGAUGUUUUUAUUGGUGACAACGUUGCGAACUGGAAACUUCCUUUUCCUCAAAGUGAUGGAUAUGGCGAUGUAGGUGCACCGAAAGAAGUUUUAACAAGAAUUGAAGAGCCAGCUCUCGAACUAGCUGACGUUUCAGUGGUUACAUUAGCAUCUGUGGCAUUUUUGUUUUUCUCUUUGGGAAUUGGGACUUUAAAGACCAUAAAGAGGAUGAUGAUGAUGGGGGUUAAUAACUUUUUUAAAUAA